CUUUGAAGGAAUAUAUGCUCACUGGAUCGACAAAUUUCAGCCUUUUCAUCGCCUGGGAGUUGAAUUAGCGGAUUUUGAGGUUUCCAUCACCUGGGUGCUGGAAUUUGUGCUCAUUGAGCUGACAAGUUGUGACCUUUCUUCGUCAAGAUUCGAAAUUUAUGCCGUUCGUUGUCGGUUAAGCUUCAAGGUACCUGGUUUCUUGUCCUUGCUUGAUCUCUGUAAUGGUUUUAGCUUUGCAGAGGUAUGUUUUGAAUUUGUUAAGAUGGGAAGGACAAAGACAACCUUGAAGGGUCGGUGAGUUUCGGGUUGGUUUAAGGGUCUGUGAGAUUGUUUGCAUUUUGGAAUGCGUGCUGCUUUGCUCCCCAAGCAUGUAGUUGCUGUAGUAAGGCACCAAAAGGAUCCUAUCAUAGCUCUGGAUAUGUUCAACUCCGUGAAGAAGGAAGAUGGGUUCAAGCACACACUGUCGACAUAUCGGUGCAUGGUCGAUAAGCUUGGGGCUCACGGCGAAUUUGAGGCGAUGGAGAACGUGCUGUCAGAGAUGAGGAUGAAUAUCAAUAACAAAUUACUCGAAGGAGUCUAUAUAAGUGCCAUGAGGAAUUACGGGAAGAAGGGGAAGGUUCAGGAAGCUGUGGAUGUGUUUGAAAGGAUGGAUUUUUACGACUGCGAGCCGUCGGUGCAAUCGUAUAAUGCAAUCAUGAAUAUAUUGGUCGAGAGCAGCUAUUUCAAUCAGGCCCACAAGGUUUACAUGAGGAUGGUUGAUAAAGGAAUCCUUCCUGACGCGUACACGUUCACGGUCCGGAUCAAGUCCUUUUCCAGAACAGGUAGGUCCCAUGCUGCGCUGAGGCUCCUGAGGAACAUGCAUUCUCAGGGUUGUGAGUCCAAUGCAAUCACCUAUUGUACGGUUAUAGGUGGCUUUUAUGAAGGAAAUUAUCGGGCCGAAGCUUAUGAAUUGUUCCUUGAGAUGUGUGCUCUCGGAUUAUAUCCUGAUGUCACGACAUUCAAUAAGCUCGUACAUGUACUUUGCAAGAAAGGUGACAUUCAAGAGAGUAAGAAGCUUCUGAGUAAGGUCUUGAAGGGGGGGCUAAACCCGAAUUUGUUCACCUUCAAUAUUUUCAUCCAAGGGCUAUGCAGAGGAAGUGAGCUUCGUGAGGCUGUGAGAUUGUUUGAAAGUAUUUGGAAGGAAGGUUUGAUCCCUGAUGUUGUCACAUACAACACUUUAAUCUGUGGCCUGUGCAAGAAUGGGACGCCCGCGGAGGCAGAGAAAUAUCUCCAUAAGAUGGUGAAUGAUGGACUUGCACCCGAUGCUUUCACCUACAAUACGCUAAUUGAUGGAUUCUGUAGAAUUGGUAUGAUUCAGAAUGCGGAUAAAGUUCUUGAUGAUGCUGUUUUCAAGGGGUUUGUGCCCGAUGAGUUCACACAUUCCUCUCUCAUCAGUGGUUUCUCCCAAUGUGGUGAUAUCAAUCGCGCUAUUGCUUUGUAUAAAGACUUGCUAAGAAAAGGAGUGAGGCCGAACGUUAUUCUGUAUAAUACAUUGAUCAAGGGCUUGUGUCAAAAGGGGCUUAUUUUGGAAGCAUUGGAGGUAAUGGGCGAAAUGCAAGAAGCCAGUUCUUCCCCUGACAUCUGGACGUAUAAUUUGAUUAUUAAUGGACUCUGCAAAAUGGGUUGUUUAUCUGAUGCUAGCGACGUUAUGAAUGAUGCUAUUUCCAAAGGACACCUCCCUGAUAUCUUCACUUUCAAUACACUGGUUGAUGGCUAUAGUAAACACUCGAAGUUGGAUGAAGCAAUUGAGACCGUGAACCAAAUGUGGGCCCACGGUUUGACUCCUGAUGUGAUCACAUAUAACUCACUCUUGAAUGGCCUAUGCAAGGCAGCAAAGCAUGAAGAUGUGAAGGAAACAUUUAAUGUAUUAGUGGAGAAAGGCUGUCUUCCCAACAUUAUUACUUAUAAUAUAUUGCUUGAGAGCUUGUGUAAGUCCCGCAAGGCGGAUGAAGCCCUGGGCGUGCUUGAGGAAAUGGAAGGCAGAGGCCUCACGCUUGAUAUCGUGAGUUUUGGGACAUUGGUCAAUGGCUUUUGCAUCAAUCAAGACCUGGAUGGGGCUUACGAGCUGUUCAGAAGAGCGGAACAGCAAUACAAGGUUUGUCAUACUACAGCAACUUACAACAUCAUGAUCGGCGCUUUCUGCGAGAAGCUAAACAUGGACAUGGCAGUAAAGCUUUUUAGUGAGAUGGGCGAGAAAGGUUGUGCUCCAGAUAGUUACACUUAUCGAGUAAUGAUAGAUGGAUUCUGUAAAACAGGAGAUGUUGACUCAGGGUUUGAUUUCCUAUUUGAAAAGAUUGAGAACGGAUUCAUUCCUUUGCUGGGUUCUUUUGGGCGGGUUAUCAACUGUCUGUGUGCAAAGAACAGAGUUCAGGAGGCUGUGGGGAUUGUCCGCAUUAUGGUGCAAAAGGGUAUUGUUCCUGAGGUUGUAAACACUAUUUUUGAGGCCGACAAGAAGGAGGUGGCUGCUCCUAAGAUCGUUGUGGAGGACUUGUUGAAGAAGAGUCAUAUAAGCUAUUCAGCGUACGAACUUAUGUAUGAUGGAAUUAGAGACAAAAAGCUGAUGAGGAAGAAGCUUCCUCAUCGGUGCACUCAAGAUCUGAGGAAUACUGGAUCAUCAUAUGUUGCCUCAUCAGUGUCUUGAAGGCAUGACAUGAUAUUGAUACGCAAUAGCAUGCUUGGAGUUGGAAAGUUCUCAUCGGAGAAGCUCAUAGUCAGAACUCUGGCAUCUCAAAAAACAUGUGGUCGGAAGAUAUGGUUGUUAAUGGUACCUUCACUUACUCGUAUGUUCCAAAAACAUGUGUAUCUUCAUUCCAAAUGUCUCAUUUGAUGCUCUCUCAAUCAUUUUAGGAUGAGUGCAGAGCCACGAUAAGUCUCGAUGAAACAUGGAGAAGACGAUCAUUCUCAGACAUGUUUGAUCUCAUGCUUUCAGGUUAUUAUGAAGUUUGGCCUUUAAUACAAGAGAAAGUGGCACAAAGUCAGAGGGAUGAACAAAGAGUUUCCAGAGAGAUUAUUCUGCUCAUUUAUCCGUUUCAGGGAAAACCUAAGCUUGGAGGUACAUUGCAAAGUUUCGGAAAACACAGGACAUUGGCUUACUGGGGUCGUAUACCGUGUAAAUGAGCUGCAAAGAAUGUAAUGACGCUUCUUUGUGCCUAAGAAAGUAUAGAAUCCAUUAAGUGCCA